AUGACUGAUCGAGAAAGACUCGGAGUUCUGAAACCACCAAGAAACGCCGGUCUCUUGAUGCUUUUGGGCUGUUACGCCAGCGUGGAGCAGCUUUGCCGAGAGGCGAUAAAGGAAGACCUUAAAGAGAGAAGGGCAGAAGUGCUGGCUGAAGCUGCAGAGGCGGGGAAAAGCAUCCGCUAUGCCCGUCGAAACUUCGCCAGUCGCAAGACGAGGAUGACUGCUCUCCGGAACCCAAAGGGAACAGCCAUUGCAUCGAGAAGGGGGAUGGAGAAAAUCAUCUACGACUUCUAUUCUCAUCUCUUCGACAGCCAUGUCCACUUGCCUAAUCACCAUCUGAGGGAAGAUGGACAUGUCAUUCCAGAGGUUCUCCCGUCCGAAGUACGACAUGCUAUCAUGUCGGUUAGAAAUCGUACGGCACCCGGUCCCGACAGAAUAAGACCAGAACACCUGAAGAGCCUUCCGCCAGUACUCAUCAACACCCUGCGAGGCUCUUUACACGUUAUCUGUCGGAAUGCAAGCACGAUUGACCACAUUCACACCGUUUCGAAACUCAUCGAGGUAUCACGAGAGUACAAGAUGCCGCUCUGUCUCACCUUCAUCGACUUAAAGAAGGCCUUCGACUCAGUUGAGACGGAAGCGGUCAUGGAAGCCUUGAACAACCAAGGCGUCCCUACUCAGUACAUGAAGAUACUUCAAGAGUUGUAUUCUAACUUCACAACCGGAAUUUCGCCAUUCUACAAGAAUAUCAUCAUUGACGUGAAAAGAGAGCUACACCAUUUCCGCUUUGCUGAUGACAUCCUACUGGUAACACCUAGCAUCAGCCAAGCGGAACGAAUGCUGACCGAAUUCCACGAAACAUGUGAAUGCAUCGGUCUCCAGCCGAAUUCCCAAAAGACGACGUUCAUGCGGAACGGAUGGGUCUCGGAUGCCCCAUUCACGCUCAACGGAACGAACAUAUCCGAGUGCACCAGCUACGUUUAUCUGGGUCGGGAACUGAACAUGAUGAACGACCUGACCCCCGAGCUGGGCAGGAGGAGACGAGCGGCUUGGGGAGCGUACAAGAGCAUCGAGGAUGUAGUGAAGAAGACCAGGAACACCCGGCUCCGUGCUCACCUCUUCAACACCACCGUACUUCCUGCUUUGACCUAUGCUUCGGAAAUCUGGGCAUUUCGCAAGCAGGAAGAAAACGCGGUGAGCGUCAUUGAACGCGCAAUUGAGAGAGUGAUGCUAGGAGUAUCCCGUUUCACGCAAGUGAGGGACGGGAUUCGAAGUUCUCUCCUACGUCAGCGAUCGAAGAUUAGAGACGCCGCCGCGUUUGCCAAGGAAAGUAAAAUAAGAGCCGUGAGCGACUGGGUUCCCCGCGAUAUUAAGCGCACUACAGGAAGACCGCCGACCCGAUGGUCAGAUUUCUUCACGAAGUCCUUGAAAGAAAAAUAUGAUGCUCUUCGUGUCCCACGCGAAAGGAGGAACCACUGGGCUACUCUGGCACGCGAUCGGGACAAAUGGAAGAAUUACUGGCGCCCGCUCGACCAGUUCGAAGAUCAACGGGAGUCAAGGUGA